GGCUUGCUGGCAGCCAACAUCCGCUUCCGGUUCCUGGGCCGAAUUGGCCGCGAGCCAGGGCGCCGCAGAGAGAGGCUUGUUUGCCGGUGCGGUGGUGCUGCGUUAAGUGGUCGUGACCGGCUUUGCCUGAAAUGGACACCCGGAUCCCUUAUGAUGACUACCCAGUGGUUUUCCUGCCUGCCUAUGAGAAUCCCCCAGCAUGGAUUCCUCCUCAUGAGAGAGUGUACCACCCAGACUACAACAAUGAGUUGACCCAGUUUCUACCCCGAAUCGUCACACUGAAGAAGCCCCCCGGUGCACAGCUGGGAUUUAACAUCCGAGGAGGAAAGGCCUCCCAGCUAGGCAUCUUCAUCUCCAAGGUCAUUCCAGACUCUGAUGCACAUCGAGCAGGACUUCAAGAAGGGGACCAAGUUCUAGCUGUGAAUGAUGUGGAUUUCCAGGAUAUUGAGCACAGCAAAGCUGUUGAAAUCCUGAAGACAGCCCGAGAAAUCAGCAUGCGUGUGCGCUUCUUUCCUUACAAUUAUCAUCGCCAAAAAGAGAGGACUGUGCACUAGAGGCUUGCAGCACAUAGCCCUCCUUGUGGGAUCUGCCCGAGCAAGCCGGCUAGCCCUCUGAGACGCAGUCGGCAAAUUCUACCCUCAGCGCCUUCCUGGCUUAGCGGGUGGGGAGGAUGGGGAGCAGCUUACCAGCUGCAUUCUAUAUCACUAUAUCAACUGUACUGUCCUUGGAGUUCCCUUAGUUUCUUAGGUGAGUUUCAUUCCAGAAAAGGAGAAAGCUGGUGAUGGUUGUAGCCUGUGGAAAGCCAGCUGGAAAGCAUCUGGCAUUUAUCAGGUACCACAGAUGGGUCACUUAGCAUUUUAUUUGUAGAAAUCAGAAAAGAGAAUCUGGGGACCUUCCGUCUGAUUUGCAUAGCCAUGCCACCCAGUCCUUGUACAUAUACUUUGGAGUCCCAUACACUUGGGAGACUCCAAAGAAACACUGUUUUUACCCCUUCCUCCUCAUCCCCCCUAAAGUAAAAACACAGUACCAAAUAAAUGUGGCUUGAGUGAUACUAUAUGAAUAUAAAAUACCACUGAGGAAAAAAAACUACAACAACCAAACAGUGAAAGAAACAGCAACAUCAAACCUACUUCACAACUAUCUGUAUCUGGCUAGAAUACUUGGGAGGUUAAAGAACUUUAGCUGUAGAAUAACCAAGGGAAGCCUAGGGUCAAGGACCCUGUAGGCUAAAACUGCCCCUUCCCCAGGAGUGUUAGACUGUCUGCUACAGGGGCUGGUAUUAAUAUAUUCUUCUUUCCCAUGUUCUCUGAUCUGGAACUUAAACCAGGAAAGUAGCAUGGAUACAUUGCUUCUCACACGCAGCAGUAGGAAACUGGUUCGUGAUUUCCCACUUGUAGUUUGAGUAGAGAUAACUGCCAACUUCCUCCUUUUUCUGACCCCACCCCAAAUAACUUUUUGUCAUCCUAGAUAUUGAGUGACUGACCAUUAGAUACUGCAGAAAUCACAUCUGUGCCAUCUCCACUGACAUCAAAAUACCAUUCAGAAUUUAAAGUUUUUUUAUUCCCUCUGAAGAAAGUGCUACUGCAAUGAAAGCCCAAAUUUUGACUUAAAAAUCCUACGGAGAGUCAUCACGAUGGCUCUCUGGGUUGAUGUCUGAGUUCGAUCCCUAGGACCCACAUGGUGGAAGGAGAGAACUGAUUCCCAAAGUUGUCUGUUGCCCUCCACCUGCAGGCUUUGGCAUGCAAGCACAUACAGGAAUCCUGGGGAACUGAACUGAAUCUCUUCAUUCCUUCUGGAGAGUGAAUCUUUGGUUUGUGGGAGAACUAGAAAUCUACCUAUUUAAAUAAACAAGGUAAAUCAA